AUGUGCCCUCCGGCAGACGACACCCAGAUCAACGGCGUCAAUGGUCAUACCAAUGGCACUAAUGGAUCCCGAUCAGAAUUCGUCGGCGUUGACAUCACACGAGCUACUCCCAGACAAUCAAGAAACCCAUAUCAGCCAGUUGGCGAUUUCCUCAGCAAUGUCUCCCGCUUUCAAGUCAUUGAGAGCACUCUAAGAGAAGGCGAGCAGUUUGCCAAUGCCUACUUCGACCUCGACAAGAAGAUCGAGAUCGCAAAGGCCUUGGACGAGUUUGGCGCCGACUAUAUCGAGCUGACCUCUCCCGCCGCUUCGGAGGCGUCUCGCAAGGAUUGCGAGGCCAUCUGCAAGCUCGGCCUCAAGUCCAAGAUUCUGACACAUAUCCGAUGCAAUAUGGAAGAUGCCAAGAUUGCUGUCGAGACUGGUGUCGACGGUGUCGAUGUUGUCAUUGGCACUUCCUCGUUCCUCCGCGAGCACUCCCAUGGCAAGGACAUGGCCUACAUCAAGAAGACCGCCAUCGAGGUGAUUGAAUAUGUCAAGUCCAAGGGCAUCGAGAUCCGCUUUUCAUCCGAAGACUCGUUCAGAUCUGAUCUGGUCGACCUGCUCUCGCUUUACCAGGCUGUCGACAAGGUUGGUGUCAACCGUGUUGGUAUCGCCGACACUGUCGGCUGCGCUUCUCCCCGACAAGUCUAUGACCUGGUUAGAACGCUUCGUGGUGUCGUGAGCUGCGACAUUGAGAUCCAUCUGCACAAUGACACGGGCUGCGCCAUCGCCAACGCUUACUGUGCUCUCGAGGCUGGCGCUACACAUGUCGACACCUCAGUCCUUGGCAUCGGCGAGCGUAACGGCAUUACAUCUCUUGGAGGUCUUAUGGCCCGCAUGAUUGCCGCGGAUCGUGACUAUGUCAAGAGCAAGUACAAGCUCGAGAAGAUCAAGGAGAUCGAAGAGCUUGUUGCCGAGGCGGUGGCCGUCAACAUCCCAUUUAAUAACCCCAUCACCGGUUUCUGUGCUUUCACCCACAAGGCCGGCAUCCAUGCUAAGGCUAUCCUGGCGAACCCCAGCACAUAUGAAAUUAUCGAUCCCUCAGAUUUCGGCAUCAACAGAUACAUCCAUUUCGCUUCUCGUCUGACGGGUUGGAAUGCUAUCAAGUCUCGUGCUCAGCAACUCAACAUCGAAAUGACUGAUGCGCAGUACAAGGAGUGUACUGCCGCCAUUAAGAGAUUAGCAGAUAUCCGACCUAUCGCCAUUGACGAUGCCGAUUCAAUUAUUCACGCCUUCCACCGCAAUAUCGUGGCUGGCAAGACCAACCCGGCUGGCUCGGUCCUUCUGCCUAAUAUGACGGACAAGGAGAGAAAGGCGCUGGAGGAGAAGAUGCAAGAGGACGCCGCUGUUCCCGAGAAGAGAGCACUCGAUGAGGUUGUUGAUGACCAAGUUCACACCGAAAAGGUCGUCAAGAAGGCCAAGGCUAACGGUAUCGCUGCCUAA